AGAAGUGUUCUCCGAGAUGGGGGCUGCGGAUCCCGAAUUCACUUACAGCGUGCAAGUGGAUGACGACAGCAGGAUUCUCGAAUUUGAUUUGGUGCUUGAGGGGGGUUCGUAUAGGAUUCUCGAAUUUGAUUUGGUGAAACGCAGCCUAGCUGUGAUACGGGUGCCAGUGGAUAUGCCUAGCGAGGACGUCCGCUUCGGGAUUGUGCGGGCCGAGGGCGGUGGGCUGGGUGUCCUCUUACUGUCAGGCUCAGAUUUCACCGCCCAGUUAUGGAAGAGGAACACUGACUGUGGCGGUGUUGCUUCAUGGAGCCUCGCAAGAACUAUUGAACUCGGCAACCUACUUUCCCUGAAAUCAGAGGAGAAAGGGCCCCUAUACAUACCAGGGUUUGCUGAGGAGAAUAAUACGGUGUUCAUGUGGACAUCUGCUGGUCUCUUUAUGAUCCAUCUCGAGUCACUCAAGUUCAAUAAGAUUUUUGAAGGCAAACCCGGAACCUUUUAUCAUCCAUUCGAAAGUGUCUACGCUGCAGGUAUCUAGCUAGAGUUAAGUUCCGGUGGCUGCGAUGCAGAAUUGGGUAGUUGGAUGUUAGGUUCUUGGAUUUUUCAUGUUUGAUAUGGAGAUUGGAUCGGUCAGCUGUGUAGUGAAAUGAACCACUUAAUUUCCAAACUCCCAUCUGUUAUCUAGUUCUUGUGGACAUUUUGUCCA